AUGGCGGACUCAGAAUUUGGAGACGAGUCCGAAUAUGGCCCAUCUUCUGUCAGGGAAAUCAUCAUGGAGGCGAUCCUCGCGCCGUUCCGCGCGCUGGUAUCCAAGUCCGCCUUACGGCUAUACCUGAACACGCUGUUGUUCAUGGGCGCCGCAUCAUUCCUAAUAGGCAUCUCCGCAAUUGCCUACGGGGUUUUUUAUUUUAAAUUCAUUCCCACGGUCGGACUACAACGCGAAGUCCAUCUACAAUUUGGCGAUGGCAACCCCUGGGGUACAGCAACCUUUGACUCGGAAUUUGUGGCUCUUCAGCCCUACGACGUAUCCGUGACGCUCGAGCUCCCACGCACACCCUCAAACCUCGAUACAGGCAACUUCAUGCUCGACCUCACCCUCUUCUCAUCCCGCCCCGCCUCAUCCCUCUUACUCGGCCCGAAUAGCGCCCCGAUCUCGCAGGCCCGCCGCCCUGCUAUCAUGACUUAUGCUUCGCCGCUGGUAGAUGUUGCCCGGAGAGUGGCGCGUAUGCCGCUCUAUGUUGUUGGCUGGCGCCGGGAGUCGGAGACACUGGAGGUGCCGAUGAUGGAGCAGCUUGAGUUUGCGAAGGGGGCGCAGAACUUGCCGCAGAGUCUGAGGCUGGAGAUCCAAAGUUACUCGGACAUGCAGAUUUACACUGCCCGGGUGGAGUUCCGUGCUAGGCUUACAGGGCUUAGAUGGAUUAUGUAUUAUUGGAAGAUUACGUCUUUUGUUGUUUUCAGCUCUUUGUUCUGGUCGGUCUCUAUUGUCUCUGCUGGCUUGACGUGGCUGGCCAUGACUUGGAUUUGGGGGACUAUGCCUAAGAAUGAGAUCAAGGAGGAGCCGCAGGACUCUAUCAAAGAAGAGUCCGAGGACGGGAAUACUUCUGAUGAAUCUUCCGAUGUCAAAAAGGAAGAGCCCGAGCAGGAGAGGAGGUUGCUCUCAAGCUAUCCGGCUGAGGUUGAUGAAGCUGUGGGAAUGACAUUGUGGAUCAUCUGGGCCGAUUGCGACAACGCAAAGCGGGGGGGAACUUUCUUCCCUUCCAUCCUUCACAUCUCAACCACUUCACCCCAAAUGCAUAUCCUGGUCACCAACGACGACGGUCCUCCGUCAAACCAGUCAUCGCCGUACGUGCAUUCGCUUGUCCGCUCGCUCCAGUCCGCAGGUCAUACGGUCUCGGUCAUUCUACCACACCAGCAACGAUCAUGGAUAGGUAAAGCGCACAUGGUAGGCGCCUCUGUCAAACCUACCUACUUCCGGCCCGGCACGCUCCAUCAAGAAGACGGGACAACACACAACCUGCCCCGUGGCAGUGAUGGUGAACACGACGAAGGCGAAGAGUGGAUUUUGAUCGACUCAACUCCCGCGAGCUGUGUCCAGAUCGGCCUAUACCACUACUUCAAAGAACGUGGCCCUGUCGAUGUGAUUGUCUCCGGUCCGAACUAUGGUCGCAACACAACGGCAUUAUUCGCAUUGUCGAGCGGAACCAUUGGCGCAGCGUUGGAAGGUGCCUGCUGUGGCAAGCGCUCAAUUGCUCUGUCGUAUGCUUUCAGCUCUCGAAACCAUGACCCUGUUAUCAUCGCAGAGGCCGCGGGCCAUUCAGUCAAGUUGAUUGAGCAUCUUUGCGCGAACUGGGCAGAUGGGGUGCACCUCUAUAGCGUCAAUGUUCCCCUCGAACCCGGCGUUAGUAAGAACAAGGUCUUAUAUACCGACAUGCUGCAGAACACGUGGACAUCCGGGAGUUGCUUCCAGGCUGUCGACCCCACACCCGCAGACGACCCUGAUUUGCAAGAAGAGCAACUACGCAACGAAGGCGAAAUGGCAGGAAAGCAACCAGAUCAGAUUGUCGGUAACAGCCAGAAGCCAUCCGGAAUUCAGCACAAGCAUUUCAAGUGGGCACCGAGUUUCCAGGAUGUUUACCGAAGUGUGGAGGAAAGUGAGCCUGGCAAUGAUGGCUGGACUGUUAAGGAGCAAAUGACUAGCGUCACGCCCCUCAGGGCCAAUUUCAUGCCCGCGCCCGGUAUUUCGGGGGAGAUUAAGCUAUCGGCUAAUCCGCCCUCGUUGUACUCCCUCGUCGACUGCGAUAACUCCUACGUGCAAGAAAUGGUUGAACGGGCAUUAACAUGUCGCCUGGGAAGUGCCUUCAAGCGUGUGUCUUCUGUGUCCGAGCUGCCGGACUCAUCUGCGCCAUUUUUCCAGUACCGGGAAUAUGAGCGCCUCGAUUUCGAGCAUAUCAUGUCCAGGCCCUCGACGUCUCUUUCAAGCGCGUACAUCAUCCGGAAAGCUUUAAUUCGCAAGCACUAUCUCUCAAACACAGUGGCCAAUUGGAUCUCGAAACACCCAGAGAGCGCUCUUCGACACCACUUCAAGCCCGCCUUCGACUUCGAACUCGAUUAUGCCGAAUUCCUCGACGACGCCCUGCUAGAAGCAUUCGAGUUGAACGACAGCUUAGCUAAGAACGAAGAUCGACCUGACUCCGAAAAGGAAUGGUGGAUCCUCAAGCCCGGCAUGAGCGAUCGAGGCCAGGGAAUCCGCAUCUUCAACAGCGAAGACCAGCUACGCGAGAUCUUCGAGGAGUGGGAAGAAGACUCAGACGACGAGAGCGGAUCCGAGAGAAAUGGCGACGACGCGAAUGACGGCAGCGCCGCCCUAGACACAGGGAUCGUCACUUCGCAGCUCCGCCACUUCCUCGUACAGCCCUAUAUUGACCCACCUCUCCUCCUCCCGUCAUCCUCAAACCGUAAAUUCCACAUCCGCACCUAUGUCCUCGCCUCGGGAUCACUCAAAGUCUACGUCUUCAAGGAGAUGCUCGCGCUCUUCGCUGCGAAGGGCUACUGCGCUCCGCAUGAAGAGUACGACGUCGCCGACCUCGCGCGCCAUCUGACCAACACCUGUUUCCAGGAAGGCGGCAGCUCGAACAAGGAUAGUGUGCGCCGCUUCUGGGAUCUCGACCACCACGUCCCCGGUUUCAGUGCAGACUGGAAGGAGAAGAUCUUUGAUCAGAUCUGCUCGGUGACCGGUGAGGUGUUUGAGGCUGCGGCCCGCGGUAUGAUGGUUCAUUUCCAGACUCUGCCCAAUGCGUUUGAGCUGUUUGGUGUUGAUUUCCUCGUUGACGCUCUUGGGAAUGUGUGGCUGCUGGAGCUCAACGCGUACCCGGAUUUCGCGCAGACUGGUGAGGAUCUGAAGGAGGCUGUUAUUGGGCGUUUGUUUGAGGAGGUGGUUGAUGUUGCUGUCAAGCCGUUCUUUGGGCUGGGUGACGGGGCUGGUACUGAUGAUAUGAAGCUGGUUGCUGAUAUUGAUCUCGGCAGACAUGCUUAA